GCAGCCGUCAGUCCAGUGUUCCGCUGCAACAGAUUGCAGAACCCGACUCAAACCUUUAGUUUACUUUUCAAACUCACCACCUCACUCUCAAGCAACGUUUGGAUUUUUCACCCCGUCGUCGUGCAGUGUCUGCAGCGAGAUGAUGCUCCGCUUUGUCCUCUUCACCCUUUUCGCGGGAUAUGCACUCGCGGCAGUUCCGUCUUACAUGAAAGUUUGCGGGCGUAGAAACCCUAAGAUGGACGAAUGCGUUGUGAAUUCCGCGGAAUCGCUGAAAGAAAUGCUGGGAAAGGGAAUCAAAGAACUGGAUGUCCCACCUCUCGAACCCUUGCUUCUUGCCAUCAUCAAGCUUGCGGACGACAACAGCUUACGAGCGAUCGCGACGAACGUCAAGCUCUACAACUUAUCCAAUUUCAAAUGCAACUUCCUCCAUGUCGACUUGGAAAAGCACACAAUCGACAUGCAACUGACGUUUCCUCAGAUCAAGCUGGAAGCCGAGUACAACGUGACGACGAGGAUCGUCAACGUGCCCAUCAACGGAAUAGGACCGAUGAAAAUCAUUACCGACGCUGUCGGGGCCAAGGUGAACAUGAAGUUCCGACUGGUCCAACAUAAGGGGGCAGAGUACCUCAUCUUCAGUAGCAUGACGACGAACCUGGAUAUCAAGGACUACACGUCGCAUUUCACGCCUCGUGAGGGUCCCGACGGAGCCUUGGCUGAAGGCAUAAACGCGGCUCUGCAGGACAACCGACAGGAAAUAAUCGCGACGAUCAAGCCAAACCUCGAGCAAGUAAUCAGCGAGCGUGUGCUUCAGUUGGCCAACAGAAUUUGCAAACACUUCACCUUCGACGAGCUUUUCCCCGACCGAGAAUAGGAGACGAGUUGAUUCACGGAGGGCAUCGAAAGACGUUGGCUCGCAAGGAUUGACCGAAAAAUGUUCAGUGAUCGACAGGAAAAUUGUAUAAUAAUUAUUGAUAACCUGCACUUUCUGCGUUUUCAUUCAUUCGGACGACAGAUUUUCGAACUCGUUAGUUUUUAUAAGAAACCUACGCCUCACUAAUGCAUUACUCAAAUUAUUAUUUAGGUAUCGAAAAAUUCGUUCCUCCUUACGUAAGAUUCACGCUGUUUAAUGCCAUUAUAGAUUUAAAUUAGAGAUAGAGCUGUAUCCACGUACUGCACUUGUUGAUUUGUAUAAUAAAUAUGCGCCGAGCUACGGUCCAACAAAUAAAGUGGAGAAAAAUGAACGCGUUCGAAAAAAAUUUAUCGUUUUACGUCCCACCCGCAUUUAUUAUCCGGUAAUUAUUAUUAUGUAACCAAACCUGUUCUCCUCGCUUCACGGGUCGUUUUUUAUUUCUUCUCUGUUGCUUCGGUUCAAGAUUAUUACGCGUAAUCACCCGUUGAUCUCUCGUGCUCGGCGGGUCUCCAUCAGAUUGAUAAUCUCCUUAUAUCUAUGCAUCGACUUGUUAUUUCUCUGCACUUGCACUGCCGGUUAACACUUUCAAAGAGAAUGCUUAUGAUUACUCAUAUCACCCGACGUCGAUGCAAUUAUUUCUUCAUCUUUUUCUUGCCGCAAAAAUGUUGCGUCAAAUCAAUCAUUGAAUUUCAGUGUUGGAUUUAACGUGCAGCUGAUACUUGGAGAACUUUGACCACAAAGUUCACGCAGUCAUUUGACUCGGUAAAUGUUAAUGGAAAAAUUUAUUUCACGAAGAAUUCUUAACCCAAUUUUACAUUGUACGUAUCGAUAUGUUACAGGUACGUAUAAUUAAUUACAGAUUUAUAUAUUAUAUAUUUCAGUGAAUAUCGUCAGUUCAUCGAUUUAUCAUUAACUAACUUACGAGGAUUGAUACUCGCUCGAACGAGCCUGUAUGUCAAGUGUAAUCGUCUAGGGUUUCAAAAAUCAAAAAUUUGAUCUCCCACAUUAAACGACGCUGAUCUAUUGAUACAUUAAAAAUUUCCCUCACUAUCUACUCUAUUAUCCCACCGAUUUUUAAUCAACCGGGAACAAUUGUUUGUACGUAAAAGGAUCGACGAUGUUGUUCGCGAUUUCCAGGAAGGCAUCCGACAAAGCCUUCUCUAUCAGAGGCUUCAGUUCCCUGAUGAAGGCGUCGAAGUUGUUGUUUAUCGCCGCGUUUACGACGUCGCCGAGGGCUCGCUCCCCUCC